UCUCAGCAAUCAACGUACAUUUUGAAAUUAUGUCUAUGAUAAAAGUUGUAUUCCUUAAAAAUUUAUGCGAAAUAAAAAAAAUUCAUGUCGUUUGGUUUUUGGAGCACAAAGUUAUGGUUGUCCAAAGUUUGACGAAAUCGGAAAUAAGCUCGUGCGGGGUAGCAAACGACAUUUUUUGGGACGAAGGCGAGAUCAAACCACUUUCGGCAGUCUUCGGCUUGCAAGAUCUCAAAAAGUUAUGCAGAAUCAAAAAAAAAAUCGCGACGAUCUGAUACUCGAACACAAAGAUAUGUUCGUUUGAAGUUUCCACCUAGGUUAGGAUUUUCAAAAAAAAAAAAAAAAGCAGAUCGCAUGGUGGGGGUGCGAUCUGCAACCAAACCGCAUGGUGGGGGUGCGGUCUGCAACCAAACCGCAUGGUGGGGGUGCGAUCUGCAAAACCGCUCCCUAGGGGUGCGGUUUUCGCCUAAACCGCACUGGAAGGGAGCGGUUUUUGGGAAAUGGUGCUAUUUUUGGAAUUUUUCGGACUUAAGUGCUAUUUUUGAAUUUUUUUUUUAAACAGUGCUACUUCUGGAAAAAUGCCUGUAAGUUGGGCUUUUGUCUUGGACGAUCAUUUCCAGUUUCUAUCCGAUGAGAACUUUCAAGUUUCAAGGCAAAUCCGUUCCUUUGCUUCCUCAAUUCUUCCUCCCUGCUCAACCUUACCUCACUGGGUUGCCGGCGGCUGAAUCACUUCACCGGCGGGCCAUAUAGGAGAGCGUUGAGCCCGUCUUGUAAUCUGUCUUCUUUUGGUAAGCAAUCGCAGCUCUGUGUUUCCACCAACUUGCAGUUCCUUUCAUGAAGUUUGUUAAUCGAAAUUCUAGGGCUCGAUUGGGUACUUCGCUAAGGAUUCAGGAAAUGCCAAACUGAGCCAUGGUUUCAGUGUAUGUGGUUGGGGGUAGAGUUGUAGCAUGGUUAGACAUUUUUACUUCCACGUUAGGGAACUUCUGCCUGGAAUGGUUUCGACUGAGUUCGGCCUUUUAGUGUAGUUUCCACGGUAGGUUACUAGGCCUUUUAGCUGAAUUUCUUAAUAUUUGGUAAAACAUUAUGAUCCGGUCGCGGCUGCUGCGUCAAUUGCAUAUUGUGAUCAAAAGAGGCUGUUUGGCUAGCUGUAUACUACAGUGGCUGGUCCAGUGGGCAGCGAGUAUGAUCUAGCCUUUAGCUUUCGGAUCAUUGUUCUAAAAUGAUAGACUUAGUGUUGAAAUCUGAAAGGAAGUUGUUGGCUUUUCUGGCACUAUCUGAUCACUAAAGCUCCCGACUUUGUGACUAUUUUUUGCAGUUUUUGAAGCUCUUGAUUCUGGGGUUUCUCCUCAACUUGCCCCCCAUAAAUAGCAAUAUGGUAAAAACUUAUGAUCCUUGAGUACCAUCACCCCAGAUGUAAAUGCUACCAUUGAGUACGUGUGCACUUGAACUGCCAUUUUAGUGAUGGGAUGAGAAUGUUGUGCUGCACUUAACUACAAUUUUGGGACGAUAUUAAGUUAUUAACCCAUCAAGAUAGAAUUCACUAUAUAGUUACACUCAUCUGAAAUUUAUAAGCUAGAUGAAUAUUGUUGCUAUGUGGGCUUCGGAGUAGUGUUUGGUUGCAGCACUGAUACUGGUGCACUUUCAUUGACUGGUUCAUAGUUGCUGCAGGACCCUAAUGGGUUCAGUGAGGAGAAAGCAGAAAGCAGACUUUACGUUGGUAACCUUGACCUGAGAAUAACAGAGUAAGAAAGUUCCUCAACUUUUAUCAGGUUGAUGGAAGCUUAUGUUGUUCUUGUCCUCUCUUUAAUCUUGAUUGCCAUAUUUUUCUUUUGUCACCAGGGCCACUCUGAUUAAGAUGUUUUCUCCAUAUGGAAAGAUCAUCUCUGAAGACUUCUUGUGGCAUACCCGUGGCCCCAGGCGUGGAGAUCCACGUGCCUUUGCAUUCGUCCAGUUCAGCUACAAAGAGGUAAGCUGUCGUGUUGUCUUUUGCUUCUACUGGUUUCUAUGCAAAUUUAGUGAGUAUGCAGGAAGCUAAAUUAGCCAAGGAAAAGAUGCACGGGAGAUUAGCUUGUGGCCGGCCAUUGGUGGUGCGCAUUUUGAGCGAGAGAAACUUGGAGGAAGAGGCUGCACAGAGCUCUUCAAGAACAGCAGCGGGUGCACCAAAAAAACUGGGUCUUAUUUUGCACGGGGCAAACGAAUAAGAGCGCUAAGAUAGCUGCGAUAAAGAACAAACUGAGAGCCUUGGAAGAAGAGACGACUAGCGUUAAGAAACAAAAGCUGGCCGAUGAUAGCAUCACAUCUAAGUGAGCCCCAAUGUUUUUGUAGCCCGAUGGUAGGCUACUCGGGUAUGAUAUGGAAACCCUGAUAGUCAUGCCAUACUAGAACAAUGUGGAGGAUAGAAUGGGAUGGUGCUUGUAUUAUAAAUGUUACCGUGGAUGAAAUUUGGAAUGAAUGAUGCUUGAACUAGUUAACAUGAAUCAAAGCUUCAAUCAAGGUCGCUGCAACGUGCUUUUAACACCAACUCCGGGGUACAAUAUAGAAAAUAUGCAUCAGCUGUUUUUGUUGUUAUGUGGCAAAGUGAAACGAGCUCUCCUUUUGGCGGCUUCGAACUGUGAACACAGAUAACUGUCCACUGUGCUCAUGACUGAAACGUCUCUUCCUUUCUCCUGCCUUGAAGUUUGACGUAAAUGGCGUCAAAGCUUCUGUGGUCCCAAAUUAGCCAGACGUUGGAGCCGAUUCCAGAGAUUCCACGCUCGGGUUGGCUUUGUAUGAACAGUUGCGAAACGACAGGAACAGUGGUGGCCUACCUACUGGUGCCGAUGAGAUCACUUGGCCAUGACAAUUGGAAAAUUGCAGCUGCUCUAAUGGGCAGGCAUAUUGGUGGAGGUAAUGGAUUGAUCAUAUGUAUUAUGUUUGAAUGAUUUGGUUAUCUUCUAAGCAUUAUACUUCUUAAAUCACAUCUGGGUUUGUGUUGCAGCUGUGAAUUAUGUAGCCACAUGGCAGACAGUGGUGAAUCCAGAACUUUUAUAUAGGGGUGUGGGUGUCCUCUCCUAAAGAUUAAGUUAAAAUAAUUAUUAACUAAGAAAAUAUCUGACUUGUACGUCCAAAGGAAAACAAAGCACAUGACGUGUUUCGUACUUUGAAAAAAUUAUAAAAUACAAUCGGUUUCCAAUAAUGCUCUAUAAAUCUAUCUCGAUAUAUCCUACUAAACUAGGGGAGUCCGUAAUUGGGUUUAAUCGUUAGCUUUUGAAAAUAAUUGGGAUAAAAAAUAACUUUUUACUAUUAUAUUUAAAUUUGAAAUACAAGAACAAAUGAGUUAUAGUCUAAUGAAAAAUAUGUUUACUAAUAGUAGCAUCGACCCAAGUUCAAAUCACAUAGGCAAACACUUAAAUGUUUAGCCAUACACAAACUACUAUUCGGGGAUUAUAAUCGUUUUUCCAAAUUUUGGGAGUGUCCCGCCACCACUUAAAUUUUUUUUUUUACCUAUAUGUAAACUACUAUCGGAGGUUGAAUAAUCGUGUUCCCAUAUUUUAGGGUGUCCCGGGAUACCCCUAGAGCCCCAUGGAUUCACCACUGAUUGCAGAUGCCUCGCUGUUUCAUCAUCAGUUCUUGCAGCCAGACCUGCUGCAGACAAUGUCAUCUAUGCUGUGUAUUUCACCAUACUAUUCGCUCUUGCAGCUCGAGUGCCUCCAGAAUCUGCAAACUCUUCUAAUGGUAACCAACACAAAUUCGCAAACUCAAAUCUUUUGUGUCGGUUUGAACAAUCUGUUCACCAUCGUUCCAAUGAGGAUAGACUUGUUGACAUCGGUGCAUUCAACUAGUGGAUAUCAGUAGGAAGCUUCUUCCCCUUCAUUUUGGGCAUGCUUAAGCAGCAGGCAGCUUGUUCCCUUGAUCAGAAAAGAAUAGUGAUUUAGAACCAAGGCAGUCCUAUCAAGUUGUCUAAAUUUUGGAGGGUUAAUUGCACGGUUGGUCACUGAAAUUACAAAAAACGUUCAAGUUUGUUCACUCGAAAUAUUUAAAUCCAUUGGUGGUACUUCAGUUUAUUCAAACCGUUCACGUUUGGUCACUCUCCGUCCAACUCGGUUAACUUUGGCUGAUGUGAUAGUCAACUCUCAAAGUUGACCGUUAACAUAGUGACGUAGCAACUAAAAAAUUAUUAAAAAUAAAAAUAAAAAUUUUAU